CUACUGGUCCGAGCAUAUAGUUGAAUUAAACAUAUUGUAAAAAUAUUUACCUGAAAACUAGGUAAUUAUUUAUUGUGCAGAUCAUGUAUCAUGUAUAGCCAGCCGCAAGACGUACAAACAGCGUGGCUUUGUUUAUUCUAACCAGACUACAGAAACAUACAUAAUUGAGCUAAGAGUAUUGUUUCAUGCAUGCAAUUAUUGAAUAUCUUUACGUCGUUAUACGUGAAACCAAAGUUUCUUUUGUCCAGUUGUGAGGCUUAAUAGAAGAUGCUUUUCCGAAAAGUAAAAGUGCUGGUGGGUGCAGGUAUUGGUCAAUUUCGACGGUCAAUAUCAUUCGACAGACUUCAAAAUUCUUCUACCAAACCAUGGCGUGAUUCUGGAUCGGCUAUAAUUGUUGCCCCGAUGAACAAUAAUCCACCAUAUUCCUUGGGAUAUUUAAUGAUUGAGAGGUCGAAAGGUAGUGGAGUUGCGCCAGGAUGCGUUGUGUUCCCAGGUGGCGUCGUCUCUCCUGUCGAUUUUUCUCCUCGAUGGACUAAUCUUUACAGGGACGCCAACAUUGACCUCGGCUCCUUUCAGUUUUUUGACAAAAAUGCACAUACUCCAGAAAUAUAUUCCCGAGAAGGAACUGACGCGUUUCCUUACCCAAGCUCUGUAGUAUUUCGCCUCGCUGCUAUUCGCGAGACAUUUGAGGAGGUCGGAAUUUUAAUUUGUCGUAAAACUGACAGAGCUUCCAAUCUUUGUGAUUAUGACUAUGAUUAUGAACAACUUUCGGACAGAAAAGUAGUGCAAGCAUGGCAAACGAAAAUUAGAAAAAGUCCUGAAGAAUUUAUCAAUUUGUGCGUUGAACUUAAAUGUGUACCUGAUUUAAACGCCUUGAGUGACUGGAGCGAGUGGCUUACCCCCACCUCACUCAAACCCAAAGCCAGAUUCGACACGAUUUUCUACAUGCUCAUCCUACCAAAAAUGCCCCGUGUGGCUUAUGACACCCAUGAAGUCGCAUCCGCCCAAUGGGCCUCCUCCGCAUCUCUCUUGAAAGACCAUUUGGAAGGGAAGAUCAAAUUGAUGCCUCCGCAGCUGUACGAAUUAUCCAGGAUGCUCAACUUGAAGUCCAUCCCAGAGUUUGAAGAGAGGGUGCUACGUCGUCAAAAGUUGGGCAUUGAACGAUUCUUUCCUAUCGUUGAACAAGCUUUAGACGGGAUCCUCUUCCUCCUCCCUGGAGAUGACCGUUAUUCUAAAGAACCGGACGUUCUAACGUUCUCAAAGCCACAAAAACUUGAUCAGACUUUCGAGCAACUACAAAGUUCGGGUCAAAAAUUUCAUCGAGCCCAACUAACAAAGGACGGUGCCUACACAACUGUGAUAAAUGUCGAAAGAUUUGGUCAUGCAUACUAGUACCUACAUAACUAAUUCUAAUGUCCGCAACGGAAAGAAAAACAAAUUAAUUGUCGUUAGUUUGAUGUAUUCAGACGAAAGCUCGUACAAUAAAUAUUAUUUCAAGAUAAUUUCCUCACUGAUACCGUUAAAAUCAAUACAUACAUACAUACCACGAGGAUGAAUCUACUACUUAAACUACAAAAAUUAGUUAUAAAUCGAUAAAUAAAUCAGUAUAUUUUUUUCUAAU